AUGCUCAGACAGGCAGUCUUGGAGCUCUCCCGCCGUCAAGGCAUUGAUUUGCCUUGCUUCGUAAAACGGAGGGCAGCAGCCUUCACGCCAAUUCCUCUGUCUACUUUUCGUCGCAACUUCCAUCCAUCUCCUCAUCCUUGCGAAUCGUUUAAAUCACCGUCUUCCCCAGCCAAGGAAGAAGAAAAUGCCGCCGCUCCAACACCGCCGUCAUGGCGGCCAUUGAAAUUUGGUUCUCGAUGGAAAACGAACAACCAAACACAAAAGCCCUCCGCUUUGACGCCUGAAGAACGACGGCUACGCGAGGAAUUGUUAGCAAGGCAACUCCAGGCGGACAAGGGAAAGGCAGAAAAGGAAGCUCUCCUGCCCCCGGAGGCGGAGAGCCUGCCGGACGUUAACUCUUUGUCCGACUGUACUGCCCCAAAAGCUGUUACUACGAGACGGAAAUCGCCUCGUGUUAAGUUGGAGAAUGAACGUCUCCCGCCUCCCCAACAGCGGCUUCAGGUGAACACGAUUCGCAUUCCUGGCUACCUCCGGAAGAUGGAUUGGACCUGUCCGGGAUGCGGGUAUUCUUGCUACGGAAAGCAUGCUAGGUGUCCAUCAUGCCAGACUGUAAGGCCGUCACUGCUUGCUCCGCCCGUUCCCCAGGACUUGCGGCACAAAGAUUGGACCUGCCCAGAGUGCAGCCAUGGUUGUCAUGGAAGGUUUGCUGCAUGUCCAUCAUGUGACACUAUACGACCGGAGCUACGCUCUAUAUCUGCUCCAUGGGACAAAUCGAAUGUUGUUUUUGCUUCUCUUAACCUUAAAAAUAAAAAGGCCAAUUGGCAAUGCUCUAGUUGCCACCAUACGUGCUCGAAGGGCGAUACCAAGUGUCCAAAAUGUGGUGAUGCACGGCCAGACCGAUCUUCUGCAAGCCCAAAAUUGAGAGAGAAGCCGCAGAAGUCCGACAAAUUGAGAAAGCUGAGUAGGUCAGUAUUGUCGGAUUGGGGUGAAGUGCUUCAUAGUGCAGGGAAAGAAGCGGUCCUGAAGGAAGAGACUCCGAAGGAAGAGAUUUCGAAGGAAGAUGAAAAAGCCCUCCUCCGGGCGCAAAAUCGAGCCGAUCUCGAAAAUGAAGCAUCUAAGACGGAGUUAAAAACGGAUGAAGAUUCUCAGGCCGAGAAGGCGUCGAAGCGCCGCGAGUCUCGCAAGCAACGCGAAUCUCAAUUAGAAGAUGAAGAGUUUGACGAGGAAAAGGAGGAGCGACGCCGUCGCAAGGAAGAGAGAAAGCGCUUAAAGAAAGAAAGAGCACGGCUAAAGGAGCAACGCCAGGCUGAAAAGCUUUCAGCACCAAGCCCUCUAUAUCUGCCUGAAUUUAUCAGUGUGAACAAUCUUGCCGAUGUCAUUGGCGUGCGGCCAGCACAAUUUGUUCGACAGAUGGAGGAUAUGGGAUUCGAGGGUGUCACUUAUGACCAUAUUCUUGAUGCAGAGACUGCUGGCUUGAUUGCAGCCGAGUUCAACUUUGAGCCCAUAUUUGACACUGGAAUCGAUGACUUGACCGCUGCCCCUGAACCAGAAGACAAGUCUGCUCUACCGCCAAGGCCACCCGUCGUGACCAUCAUGGGUCACGUUGACCAUGGUAAAACUACCAUACUGGAUUGGCUCCGCAAGUCAUCAAUUGCUGCCUCCGAGCACGGGGGUAUUACACAGCAUAUCGGAGCUUUCUCUGUUGCAAUGCCAUCUGGGAAAGUAAUUACGUUCCUAGAUACUCCUGGCCACUCUGCCUUCCUGGAAAUGCGCCGCCGAGGUGCGGACGUGACAGACAUUGUUGUUCUCGUGGUUGCUGCCGACGACAGCGUCAAGCCGCAGACGAUUGAGGCGAUCAAGCACGCCACAGAAGCCAAAGUUCCAAUCGUUGUUGCUAUUAGCAAGAUUGACAAGGAGGGUGUCCACCCAGAAAAGGUCAAACAGGACUUGGCAGUCCAUGGGGUCAACGUGGAGGAUUAUGGGGGUGAUGUCCAGGCUGUUUGCGUGAGUGGAAAAACCGGUCAAGGAAUGCUAGAGCUCGAGGAAGCAAUCAUUGCUCAGUCCGAAAUGCUCGAUCAUCGGGCCGAUGAUAGGGGAAGUGUAGAAGGAUGGGUACUUGAAGCAACUACGAAAAGCCACGGCCGUGUGGCAACCGCUCUCAUCAGGCGCGGCACAUUGCGGCCUGGUGAUAUUAUUGUUGCUGGCACAACAUGGGCCCGUGUGCGUACUCUUCGAAACGAAGCCGGUGUCAUUGUUGACGAAGCUACUCCUGGAAUGCCGGUAGAGAUUGAUGGUUGGAAAGAGCAGCCGCUCGCCGGAACUGAGAUCCUGGAGGCCCCCACUGAGCAGAAGGCCAAGGACGUUGUUGAACAACGGUUGGAGAGGACAGAGACCGAGAAGUUGGGUGAAGAUAUGACAGCCAUCAAUCAAGCACGUCGAGAGCUUCUCGAAAAACGUCGACUGGAGGAUGCGGCAGAUUCAGAGUCUCCUCGCGAGGAUGAACAGCGAACCGGGCCUAAGCCGAUCAAUUUUAUUAUCAAAGCAGAUGUCUCCGGAUCUGCGGAAGCAGUCCUGAAUUCCGUCGCCGCGAUUGGCAACAACGAAGUGUUUGCCAACAUUAUUCGUUCAGGCGUAGGGCCCGUUAGUGAAUUCGAUAUUGAACAUGCAGCCACAGCGGAUGGGCACAUUAUUUCUUUCAACAUGCCUAUCGAACCUGGUAUUUUGCGGAUUGCUGAGCUCGAUGGUGUGAAGAUUAUGGACCAUAAUAUCAUCUACAAGCUUAUAGAUGACGUGAAGGCGACACUCAGUGAGCACCUGGCCCCGAACGUGUCCCACCGCGUGGUGGGAGAGGCAGAGAUCGGCCAGAUCUUCGAGAUUACAGUGAAGGGAAGAACGAAGACGUCCAUUGCUGGGUGUAAGGUUCGCAAUGGAACGGUAAACCGGUCCAAGCAAGUGCGUGUUUUGAGAGGCCAGGAGGUUAUUUACGAUGGCGCCAUCUCUUCCCUCAAGAACGUCAAGAAGGACGUGACAGAAAUGCGCAAAGACACGGAAUGUGGCAUUGGCUUUGACGGCUGGUCCGAUUUUGCAGUCGGUGAUCGCAUCCAGUGUUAUGAACAGAUUUACGAGAAAAGAUACCUUUGA